GAAGAUGCAGAGAUCCGAAGGUGUCAUCGCCAGAAACCCGUACAGAGGAGUUCGCCGCAGGAAAUGGGGGAAGUGGGUGUCGGAGAUCCGGCUCCCGGGCUCCAGGGACCGGCUGUGGCUCGGCUCCUACUCCACUCCAGAGGCAGCAGCUGUGGCGCACGACACUGCCGUCUUCUGCCUCCGGGGCCCGAGCGCAGUCAGCACCCUGAAUUUCCCCUGCAAUGUCUCCCCGUACCUCCGGCUCGACAUGUCGCCCAAGUCUGUGAGGAAAGCCGCGGCGGAGGCGGGCAUGGCUGCGGACAAACAACUCGCGCCGCCCAAGAUGCAGCAGGAAAUCGCCAUGGGCGCGGUGCAGGAAGGUCACAAGGGCGAGAUAUGGGGAGAAGAUCACUUGUUCUCCAGAGGACAGGUGCAGAGUGAAGAAGAGUUGAGCAUCUCAGUCGACGAUAUGGAAAUAUUAUUACUGUAAUUUGCUGUCCGUUUUCUAUAUAGCUUUCUCAUGGUUCGGCAAAGAAAACCAUGUGAAAUAAGAUUCUGUAUAUGUAUAUGUAGAUCGAUUUACACAUAAUCAAA